AUGCGCUCCUAUCUCUUUCGGGCUCCGUCCACGUCUCUGCAUGCCAAUGCCAUAUCCAUUGGAGGACGGCUGCUACAGGGGACGGACCAAAGGCAAAGAAGGGUGAUUGGCACUACGGUGUCGGCUGUGGGUAAUGAUCUUCUUAAUGGAUCUGUACAUGGGCAUGUCUAUAACUCUGUUCCCAUGUCUGUGCCACUGCGCUCUGAUCACAGCUUGAUGGCUGGAGCUGCUGUGGGAAUGGAUAGUGUUAUUGCUGCUGCUACUACUGCUGCUGCUGCUGCUACUACUACUGCUGCUGCUGCUGCUGCUGCUGGUGGGACCAGCAGCGCAAGUAGAAAAGGAACACGGAGAUGUCUCGGGUCCUUCGGCAAUUCCAGCGUCUCGAUGUCCCGAUCAGGGGUCCAAGGAGAAGCUGAAUCGUCUGCCGCCCCGGAAUCAGGUUUGGAAUCAGGAUCGGAUCGGCAAGCGACCCGGCUCCCGUCACCAGCGGGUGUACCACGGGCCAACGUCCGCUUCCCCUCUCCGCUCCUGGCUAGCUCAGGGAUACAAGGCUUGCCUGCAUUCCAGAAUCAACGGAGAUCAUACUCUACGUCAACUUCAAGCCCCUUUUCUUCCAAUUCCUUCUCCGCCUCCUCUUCUUCAUCGUCUCCAUCACCGCCAGACACCGAUAACAGCCACAUAAACCAAGAUGCCAACUCGCCGCGCUCUGGCACUGAAUUCUCCAUUGACUUUGACCGCCUCGCCGCCUUGAUCCCCAACCAAAGCCCCACCGGCAUAAACUCCGUCUGGUUCAUCGUCGCAGCCGCCUCGCUCCUAGCGUUCCACAAGGAAGCCGCCGUGGGUGAGCUAUGGAAGUAUAUCAGCCAGCGCUGCGAAGGUGAAGGUGAAAGGGAGAGCAGAAAUGACAUAGCUGGCGAUGAUGCCAGGUCAAGACAGCUUGGGAUCGCCCGACGGAUCAGGGAGAGCUGUCUGAAGGCGAGUGUGUUGGUUGGGUUUCCGCGGGGCAUAAACGCCCUUCUCGCCCUGCAAGCAUCACUGUCCACCACCAGCAACCCAGUCCUCGCAACCCUCCAAGCCGACAAACCCCUGCGCACGCUCUCCACCUUUCCCACCUCCGAAUCCCGCUACGCCCGCGGCAAGCAAUUCUUCAGCCAGAUCUACGCAAACCACACGGAGCGCGUGCUAGCGUCCAUGGGCGCGAGUUCGGCAGGUGACCUGAGCUAUUUCGCCAUCUCGAGCAUCUACGGCGAGUUGAUGGCUGAGACGAGCAUUUUGGAUGGGCGCGAGACGGUUCUGUUGGAGUUUGCGUGUUGUUUGGCGGAUGGUGUUGGGCCGCAGGCGAAGGGUCACUUCUUCGGCUGCAAGAACCUCAGCGUCAGCGGGGAAGAGAUUCGCGGUGCGAUUGAGAUCGUGCGGGAGAUCGCGCGGCAGCUGGAGUUGACUUUUGUGCUGGAGGAGGUGGGGGAGGGGUUCGAGCGGGGCGAGGGGGAGUUCCGGUUUCUGAAGAGAGCGAGUUCGUGGUAG